AAAUUUUUGAACUAAACAAAAUCCACAAUAUAUAUACAAAAAAUAUAUAUACACACAAAAACACCAGUGUGAAAGUUUUGGUAGUUUUUUUGUUUGUUUGUUUUGUUUGUUUUGUUACAGCAAGUGGAUAAAAAUUUCAUGCAGAUUGUCAAAUUUUAGACCCGUCAGCUUUUUGAGCGUCGAAGCGCUCGUGCGUGACGUCACGCGCAUUCCCGCGCUCUCGCUGCUGAUAAAUCGUUGGGGUGGCGCGCGCGCGCUCGCGGCGAGUGGCGCUCGAGCGCUGAUGUGAAGUAACGGAAUUACAGUAAAAAUAAUAAUAAUAAUAAUAAUAAUAAUAAUUUCUGUGAUAAAAAUUAAAAACUCCUCCGGGGUUCAGAGCGAAUCUACGAGUCUGAGGUGUUUCCGUGGUCAGGAUCAACUUAAAACACGUAAAACUGGGUAAAUUCUGACAUUUGUUUUUUUCGUGUGUAAAAGUUAUCCGCACUUCUCUCGCCUCAGUGUCCAACUUUGAGCUCGCGCUACGAACGGUAUUCCUGAGGUAAAUUAGCGAAUUAGCUCAGACUUUUCUCCACAAAUACUGACAUAAAAACGACCUACACACCGGCUGGACUGCUGUUUAGUACCGUUUUUUUAUUCACUCAAACCCAAAACUUACCUCAGAACUCAGGCUUUUUCAGAUUCUGUGAGAGGAAAGAAAAUGCCACAAGAAAUGUCCAUAAAAAGAAAACCCAAACCACCAGCAGAGUUCCUGCGCUUGUGAUCGAGCAGGACGCACCGCAGCUGCACGGAGGCUGCCCCGUGCUGAGGGAGUGGGCCGGGUUCGGGCUUGAAGCGGCUCAGGUGUCGGAGUCUGGAGCGCGCUUUGCUGGGAUUGAGCCAGUUUAGGUUUUACCCCCAGGCUUAGACCCUGAGGAGGAGGAACAGGACAGGGUUAUAGGGUGGUCAAAUUAUAUAUAGAUAUAGAACCAAAAAAUAACAAUACUAAAUAUUAUAUAGAAACACGCGACAUCUUUUAAGUCACCAUCUUCCCUCCGGUGGGAAAUGAUGGCCGGCGGGGCGCUUCAGCAGAACGGGAUAACGGGGACGGUGCUCUCGGAUCAGGAGCAGCACGAGGUCCCGCUGCCGCCGCCCUCGCACGCGGAGCCCGAGGCGCCGGAUUCCCGCAAGCGACCGCUGGAGACACCGACUGAGGCGGGGAGCAACAAGCGCACAAACACGGGAGAAGAGGGUGAGUACUUCUUGAAAGUGCUGAUCCCCAGCUAUGCAGCCGGUUCAAUUAUCGGUAAAGGAGGACAGACCAUCGUCCAGCUGCAGAAAGAGACUGGUGCCACCAUCAAACUGUCCAAAUCUAAAGACUUCUACCCAGGUACAACAGAGCGCGUGUGUUUGAUCCAGGGUACGGUAGAGGCGCUAAAUGGCGUUCACAAUUUCAUCGCAGAGAAAGUGCGCGAGAUGCCGCAAAGCAGCCAGAAAAGCGAACCAGUCAGCAUCCUGCAGCCUCAAACCACCGUCAACCCUGACCGCGUCAAACAGGCGAAACUGAUCGUGCCCAACAGCACAGCCGGGCUGAUCAUCGGUAAGGGUGGAGCAACGGUGAAGUCGGUGAUGGAGCAGUCGGGUGCAUGGGUGCAGCUGUCACAGAAGCCCGAGGGCAUCAACCUGCAGGAGAGGGUGGUGACAGUGAGCGGCGAGCCUGAGCAGAACCGCAAGGCUGUAGAGAUCAUUGUGCAGAAGAUCCAGGAGGACCCUCAAAGCAGUAGCUGCCUCAACAUCAGUUACUCCAAUGUCACAGGACCUGUGGCCAACUCCAACCCCACGGGAUCACCGUACGCCAACAGCGCUGAGGUUCUGCCUAGUGCUGCUGCUGCUGCUGCUGCCACUGCAUCCACGCUGCUGGGCCAGGCAGGCCUUGCCAGUUUUCCCUCUGCAAUGUCUGGUUUCUCUGGCAACGAUCUGCUGGCUAUCACCUCCGCCCUGAACACGCUCGCCAGUUAUGGCUACAACACCAACACUCUGGGGCUUGGCCUGAACCCAGCAGCCGCCUCUGGGGUGUUAGCCGCUGUUGCUGCGAGUGCAAACCCGGCAGCUGCUGCCGCAGCUAACCUUUUAGCAUCGUACGCCAGCGAGGCUUCCGGAGGAGCAGCGCACCCGGCUGCACCUGGGCUCGCUGGGUUUUCGCUGGGUUCUCUGGCGGCCGCCACAGGAGCUUCAAAUGGCUACCUGAACCCGGCUUCCUCCCCACUGGUGGCGUCAUCACUGCUGGCGACUGAGAAACUUGCCGAGGGUGGCAAGGAAGUACUGGAGAUUGCUGUGCCCGAGAACCUGGUGGGAGCCAUUUUAGGGAAAGGAGGGAAGACACUGGUGGAGUACCAGGAGCUGACAGGGGCACGCAUCCAGAUCUCUAAAAAGGGCGAGUUCAUCCCAGGAACGCGCAACCGCAAAGUGACCAUCACGGGGUCGCCGGCAGCAACGCAGGCCGCGCAGUACCUCAUCAGCCAGCGGAUCACGUACGAGCAAGGCGUCCGCGCCACAAAUCCUCAGAAAGUGGGAUAGAGAAGGGACUCAAGCAAUGGGGGGAGGGAGGGAGGGCAGCGAGGAAAGGGAUUCGAAAGAGGAACGAACAAGAGAGCAGACAAUGAAAGGGGCGAACAUACAAAAGACAAAAACAAAAUGGAGGAGUGAGGUCGGUAAGGGGAACAGAAGCAAAGAGAUUGAGUGUCAUUGUUACAGAGGAAAGAAACAAAACAAAAAAAGAAAGCAAGGAAAAGAAAGAUGUCGAUCUGUGGACCUGGGGGCAGACAAAAAGUGUGUAAGAAUUUAGGACUGAAAUUCUGCUGUUCUUUUUUUAAUUAUUUUUUAAACUCAAAGCAAAGUGGUGUAGAUUAUGAGGGGCUCUGUACUGAACCCUGUGGCACUCUGGGAGGUCAGAGACUCAGGCCUCACCUCCUCUGUUCCUCACACAGCCAGGGACCAGCGAGGUUCUAUUAAAUUUCUCAGUCAUUGGUGGAGCCUGUACAAAUUAGUUCACAAUUAAUGGCAGACACCUCCACAUAGGCAGUAAGUUCUGCAGCAUCACCUCUUGGUGUCAAUUUAGUAUCACUGGUUCAGCCCUUUAUAUAUGUUUCAGGCCUAAAGCUGUCUUGUAGGGUUUUCCAAAUUUACUUAAACGAGACAAAAGAUUUUCUGUCCACCCUUGCUAAACAUUUCGGGAUCCAUGUUACUGGCUUUCUCUUAUUAAUUGGACAGCAGAUUUUUCUCAGUCACGGUAUAUUUUGAUUUUACUUUAAACCUGUGGUUUCAGGUUGACCUGAAUGUAUAAAGACUUCCUGGUCUUGAUUUUUUUAUGUGUUUUAUUUAAUCUGAGUGUUUGUUUGGCAUCAGCAGUCGAACUUGACUCAGCCACAUAAAGGCAGGCAGACAAAAAAAUGUCAAAGAUUAAAAAGGUCCCUUUGAGAGGACAGGAAUGUAAACACACACACACACAUACACACACACACACACACACACACACACUGCGAGUGCAGUCUGGCCAGUUAACCCCUCUUCGGUGCUAUAAGUAAAUCACUAAUUAGAAACCAUCAGAGAUUUAAAGUUCUUACUUAGUUAAAUUUUAGCACUUUAGGGGUUGAAUUAUUAAUUACAAGCAAUUUUGUAAUUGGUCAUAACAUCAUCAUCAUAAAAAAAAAGUUUUUGGGAAUCAUGAAAUUGACUGAUGCCUAAUCCUUUAGAAUCUGCAUUUUGAAACAUCUCGAAACAAAUCGUCCUACCAAGUCCCAAGAAUAGGACAGGGAUAAGUACAGAUAGUCACACUAACAUUACCAUGAUGAAAUCAGCACCUCGAGGGAUACUCCAGACUCAAAUAUUCGGUCUCCGGCUCCAGUGGCACGCUGGUGAUUUUUUUAAAAAACGUGUGGGUUUAUUUUUUUCUUUUUUUGUAUGAAUAGAGCUCAAGCUGAUAUACCUCAUGAUGUUUGAACAGAACGGGAAAAGGAACAAAGAUUUCCUGUGUUUUUGCAGUGCAACAAAGUUCUCGAUUGAGUUCCAGUUGGCACCUAGUUCACUACUGCGCAAACUAGCCUGGGUGUAGGUGGGGGGAUCUGGCAACCCGAGUAAGAGAGCGCAUAAAACGCAACGCAGCCUUUGUAAAAAAGAAACAAACAAAAAAACUCAUGACAAUAUAGUACGCUGUUUUCCACUCUGACGCUGGUGCGAGAUAUGUGGUGUGAAGGAAUCGCGUAUAAUUAGCGAGACGCAAACGUGCUGAGAGCACCCGUCUCAGUGAAGCAUUGAGGCGUAGCUGAGACUUGAUGCCUUUUUCUCUGUGCAGUUCUCUUGAAGGGGUUUAGGGGUGCUCCGCCCCGAAUGUAUCCCUCACACCCUUGUAUCCAUUGUCUUGUUGGAAAGCGUUCUUUGGAAAACACCAUGGUAGAGUAAUACAUAGCAUGUUUUCGCUGUUUUUUUUAAGGCCAUACACUUUAGCAUCGUCGUCUCUGCUGCUAAAUGCAUUUUUAAAUCCAGCAAAGGGAGAUAUGAGGUACAGAAAAACAAAAAGGUGAUCUCUUUUCAACCACACUGUGAAUCAAGCAGCCCUGAACUCUGGAAUGUACUGUACGCAUUGCAGCGUCCACUAACGCACAGCACGGCGGGGCUGGAUGCUGCGGACCCAUCGGUUCGGCCGGUGGAGAGAUUGCCCCGGGUCAGCUCAAGCGGCUCGGAAUUUACACCAGCCUAUUAAUUAGCAGAUCUCCGUCCGAACCACGGCCGUCUAUAUUUAACCACGUGGCGAUGCCCGAUCUUCUACUGACCUAAAUACACACUCGCAAAAGACAUUCAUCAACUGCCUCCAGUUCCCAGACCGUAAUCCGCUUUGGAACCAGAGGGAAGCGAAUCCAAGCGUUAGAGUGAUGGAGAAAGAGAGCGAGAGAGCAAGAACGAGAGACAUGGCGUCAUCCGUUUAUCGAAUUAUUGCGACAAAGAUUGCCUUAAAAAUGUGCAGUGCGUUUUGGAUGGAGGUCUAUCAACAGACCGUUUUUAACGCAAUUCAUCCGUCUGCCGCUGAGGAGAAAUUACCGCACGCCGGCGGAUUUUUCGGGGCUAAAUUAUCUCUUUUUUUUGGAGAUUUGAGAUGCAAUAUGCAAUUUCAGAAGCACAAAGCCGAGCACAAGUCUCUGUGCAUUUUGUUGUGGAAAUUUAAUAUGGUGAAAAGGAAACGACUUCAGAUGAAAUUGCAACUUCAUUAGCCAUGGGUUCUCCUUUUCUUUUUUUUUCCAUGUUCUUACACUACAUAUCUUCCGAGUCUCUAUUUUUUUCAGGCUUCUGUCUGUUUUCGCUUACAUUUUUCCUUUUUUACUAAUUCAUUUGUAUGGUUUUGAUUUGGAAUGUUACUGUGGUGGUCCCCCAACCGACUUCGUCCAUCCUGUGCUUAGUUUGGAGAAACUUGGACAGGCAAAUAGAUUUUGUACACUUUUUUUGGCUGCAACCUUCAGAAGCUUGGCAUCUGACUGGCUUCUGGUUCCUCAGCCGGAACUUUCAAAUAGACACUGGGUGUUUUAGAGAAAGCUGAGUCAGACUGAUUCUUAGGCACGUUUGUCAGAUUGUUCCAGACCCUUUAACGAAACUACAAAGUGUUCCAUCCUGACGUCCUUCGGUACUGUUCCAUUGGCUAAUAUCGCCCAUGCGGUUAGCUACGUCAACUUGGCCAUUGUGCUCAAGUGAAAUGGUUUGCAAAUUCAGAAAAAAAAAUUCGGUAACUACCUCAACAUUGUAACUUGAACAGGAUCCUCACUGGAUCUUUGGCAAGGAUGAUGUCAGAACGGACAAGCUCCACAUAGGGGGGUCACCUGAACACCUUCCUGCGUUCUAGCUCUCUUCUCGUGCUAAUGGUGGCAGUUGAUGAGUGUGUUCGAGUAGAGUACAUUCCUUGGCUUGAAGUGUGUGCCGGCAUUCCUGCCCCCUCUCUGUCCUCUUUCCUCUCCGGGGGCAGUGGAUGACACACCACGGGCACCCUGCCGUUAGACUCCGCUGCUGCUCCACAAGCUUGUCUUCUCUCUCUGUGAACUCUGACCGGGAAACGGUUCUGUACCUCGACUCGAAUCCAUUUUCCCACCUGACCUAAGAUCUGUUCGCCCUAACCGUUACGAGAGUGUAAAUAGUCUCGCUCCAACGCCCUUGUACGCAGGGAAUUGGUGCUUCAAAUGAGGGCUGGAUGCCUCGAACGAUCCAGAGCAAGGAACUCUGGGGGGGGAACAAGGGGGACGAUACCCACCUCAAGCUCGAACGAUAGCCUGUCGUUCGUAUCCUGUGCUCUCUAUCCUCUCUCUCUCGGAGAACGGUCUGAGGUCUUUCGUUUCCUCUCCCCCUUUUCCCUCCUUUUUUUUAAAAAUGAAACUGUGGAUUCCGUCCUGUCCCAUGGUCUUCGUGGAAUUUUUAGUGUCGUUCUCUAGUUUGUAGUCUAAAUGCAGUUGUCUUGCGCCGUGGGUUUCAGUGUGUGAACUCCGUUAUACUCGUGUGUAUGACGACAGUGCCAAUCGAGCCAGAUUAAGAUUAGCUUUCGCCAUUUGUUCGUGCAUUAGAAUUCGCUCUAAUCGGAGUGCUGGUGUCCAUAUCGACGUCCCUGACAAUUUUUGUUUCUUCUUCUUCUUUUUUUUUUUUGACCUACAUAAAUAAAAAUGUAAAGAAAUAUUGGAAGCAAUAUUGUAGCAUGUCGUCCAGUUUUCUGUGUUUUUGUUAUGUCCGUUGUAUGAAAACCUUUGGAUUUAAUACACUUUUGAAUGAAUAGGUUUACAUGUACUUUUUUGUAAUACUGUAAAGAAAAGUAACGAAAUAAAGAAAAGAAAAAAAAAACAAGCGGGAAAAAAUGCUGCUAUUUGAUAAAUAUACGAGAAAUAUUUUAGUUGUGGAAAAAAAAAAAAACUAAACAAAAAAAAAAAGAUGUCCGAUCCGUUUAUUAGAGUUAACGCUCGUUUUUGGCAGGAGCACAAACGAGGUGUGUGGAUACGAAUAACAUAGACGUGAAACUACAUACCUGUUACUCACGCAGCUUCUUUAACAUGUAGACGUGUGCGGAUCAAGCAUUUGGGAGGGAAAAAAAAGAGAGAGAAAAAAAAACAACUAUUUAGACGCAUCGAACAAGUGCCAAU